AUGGGUAAUACUGAGAGCAACGUUACCAGCGGUGUUAAGAAACAAGCUGGCACUUCUGAACAGAAGCUCUACAAGCUAAUAGAUGUCAAGGGUGGUGGUUUAUUGGUUGAUAUGAUGAAGAGGGCUGUUCAGAAUAAGCAGUACGCUGAGAUAGAUCACGCUAUCAAGACUAAGGUGGAACCGUUCCUUUACAAUAAGGGCAAAGGCAGGCAUAUACCGAUAUCACAUCUCGUGCUAUUGAGAAAUAAGGAACGAGCGAGGCAUAAAUUGCUGCCACCGUUACGUGGCAUGGAGAAUCCUGACGAAGAAUUUGAUGUGGAGAAGGAUUGGCCGGUUGUGACUCAGGAAGAAUAUGAGGCUAAUCCUUCCGCUUAUAGGGAGCUUUGCUGGGACCUGAAGGAACGCGGUGCCGUCGGAGAGACCAUUCUACAUCUUUGUCUUCUAAACGCUACUUCCCUAUUAGCGGAUUUGGCCAAGAGAUUGCUACGUUUUUACCCAAAACUCAUAAACGACAUUUACAUGAGCGACGAGUAUUACGGUGAGAGCGUACUUCAUAUGACUAUCGUAAACGAAGACCCGACAAUGGUGAAAUUUCUCCUGGACUCUGGAGCCGAUUAUCAUGAGCGUUGCUUCGGGAACUUCAUGUGUCCCGAAGAUCAGAAGGCCUCCCGAACAGAUUCCUUCGACCACGAGUGGGUUAAUGUCCAACCAGACACCAAUUAUGAUGGGUACGUAUAUUGGGGGGAAUACCCGUUAAGUUUUGCAGCGUGUCUCGGUCAGGAAGAAUGCUAUAGAUUGAUACUAGCAAGAGGAGCGAACCCUGACAAACAAGACACUAAUGGUAACACCGUGCUGCAUAUGUUGAUCAUUUAUGAUAAAAUGAGCACAUUCGACAUGGCGUACGAAGUUGGUGCAUCAUUGAAUAUCAGGAAUGUUCAGAACCUAACACCGCUUACUCUGGCUGCUAAACUGGCGAGAGUUGAGCUGUUCUUCCAUAUACUGAACAUUGAAAGGGAGAUCUAUUGGCAAAUAGGAGCCACUACCUGCGCGGCGUAUCCAUUGGGACAAGUUGACACUAUUGACACAGAGACAGGAAGGAUUAGCAAAGAUUCUGCGCUGAAUUUAGUUGUAUUUGGAGAGAAAGAUGAACAUUUGGAGCUGCUGGAAGGAAUGCUUAUUGAUCUUCUCAAAACGAAAUGGAACACCUUCGUCAAGUUCAGAUUCUAUCGCCAGUUCAUCUUAUUUUCUUUCUAUUUCCUCAUAUCCCUCAUCUGUUUCACUCUCCGUCCCGGACCACCAGAGAGAUCUCUUAAUGUGACGGCUGUGAAUUCAACAGUUAGACCCAUUAAUGAAACUGAGAUUAUAUCUGAAGUUGAAAACUGUACGAUAAACGGUGAUGCUGAAGUAGAAAAUAAAGAUGUUGAAGUCUUCAAUGGGACAAAACCGUCAGUUCAAUGUGGAAGAUUCAAAAGCCAUCCAAAGGACAAAGAUAAACCUACGGAAAUGCCAAAAGGUAACGAUAUGGAAGGCUGGUGGGAAGACUUAACAGAGGACUGUCGUUUAAUGAAACUAGAGACUUGGGACGCUAAAGUAAGAAUAGCAUCGGAAUUAAUGUUGUGGUUUGGAGCCCUCGCGUACAUCGGGGCGGCGAUGAGAGAGGCGAGGUUCCUAGGACUAAAGAUGUUCAUUGAGAACUUAAGCACUGUACCAUCACGAGUAAUGUUCUUAUUCUCGUGUCUUCUUAUGCUGGCGUUGCCAACACUACGUCUAUCCUGUGCUGAUGAGGAGGAAGAUCACCUUGCAGUCAUCAUCAUGCUGACCACAGCUCCAUACUUUUUGUUCUUUUGCCGCGGUUUCAAAACUGUUGGUCCUUUCGUUGUGAUGAUAUAUAGGAUGGUGAUGGGUGAUUUGCUAAGAUUUGUUGCCAUUUACUUAGUUUUUGUCAUGGGAUUUUCUCAGGCGUACUACGUGAUAUUCCUAUCGUUCGACAACCCUAAUACCCCCGAGGGUGUGGAUGACUCAGUAUCUAACCCGAUGCCUUCUCCCAUGGAGAGUGUGAUGGCCAUGUUCUUAAUGUCACUGACCUCGUUCUCUGAUUACUAUGGAGCGUUUGAACAGACUGAUCAUGAGAUCGCUGCGAAGCUUCUGUUUGUGAUAUAUAUGAUAAUAGUAGCUAUACUGCUGGUGAACAUGUUGAUUGCAAUGAUGGGUAACACUUACCAGAAGAUAGCGGAGACUAGGAACGAGUGGCAGAGACAGUGGGCGAGGAUAGUAUUGGUAGUUGAAAGAGGAGUCCCGCCGGCACAAAGAUUGAAACAACUUCUGGCUUACAGUCAGCCAAUGGCUAGUGGAAAGAGGGCGUUAGUAUUGAGAAUUAAUCAGAAGGAUGAAGAUAAGGAGGAAAUGAAGGAAAUCUUGGAGAUGAAAAGAACUCAUGAGAAGAUAGUCGCCAAAAGAACCCAGAGGGAGUUGGAACUCAAAGAAGGUCGCAGUGUAAUACAUGCCAGGGACUAUCCUAUCACCAAAACACAGAAUAUGGCUACAGUAAAGAAAAAUAAUGUUUAA